AUGAUGGAGGAGCCCCAGACCUGCCCAUCUCAAGAUGGAGAUGCCACCAAUGCCAUGGAUUGCUCAACAGUUGCUGAUAAAGACAGGGAGGACUCUCUGGUUGUCGAUGGACACUGUACAGAUUUUACACUGUAUACCUCUCCUCGUAUUGAGGAGGAACCCCAACAGCAUGACAAAGGCCACCCGCCCACCACCUUAGACUACAUAACCGAUUCUAUAAAAAAAGGAGCCAGACUUGUGUAUGGAAAACAUGUCAACUCCAGAGGAUCCUAUAUCACCAAAGGAACGUCUUCCACACAUGCAAAAAUCCACAUCAACUUCUCGGACGCAUUACACAUCUGAUUUUGUUACGGAGGAACUCACAGAGGACGAUGGAAUUAUUACAGUCCUUAUUAAGGAGGCUCCCCACUCACAUGAAGGGCAAAAUGCCACAGUCCUCAACAGUCAUUCUACAACUGACCAUCCCUCUGCAAUUCAACCCAGCUCGGCAAGUUUGCUGAGCGAGAUAGAAGUCGUCUACCAGAAUCCCCCUAAUUCCACAAUUGGUGACAUCGCCAACCUCACGAGAUAUUCCAGGACGCACUCCAAAAGAAAGACGAUCCAGUGCUUGGUGUGCGGAAAGUGCUUCCUGCGGACAGCCCAUUUGGUGGCCCACGAGGUCACCCACCCAGAGAAGUGCACCGUUAGCUGUUCCAAAUGUGGUCAAGUGUUCCCAAGCACCGCCGACCUUCUUGCUCACAAAAAGACGCAUAGACCAGAGACCUUGUUCCUGUGUUUGGAGUGCGGUCGGUGUUACCGCUGUAGAGGUCAGCUAGUCCUGCAUCAGAGGCGUCACCUCAGAGAGAAGUCUUUGACGAGCACGUAG